AUGUCUGUACCCGAAAUAAGCAGGCCUUUUGUUGGGCUUCAACGCCAUCAGCAUCGCAGUCAGCGAAUCGCCACAUGGCUCUACCACAAGACUCGCCAGUGCCAAGAUCGCGCACCUCCUACCGAAAAUCUAGUUGAUGGAAGCAGCGUUACGAUUGUUGCAUGCCCGAAUGAUAGUCCAAUUACUAUGGUCUGUGUUUCAGACACGCACAAUACCUUUCCGGAACAAUUGCCACCGGGGGAUAUUCUUGUGCACGCAGGGGAUCUCUCACAAUUCGGCACUUUCGCUGAGAUCCAGGCUCAGUUGACCUGGCUUUCUGCGCAGCCUCACCAGCACAAGGUUGUCAUAGCCGGAAACCAUGAUCUCUUGCUAGACUCUGAAUUCGUAGCCGCGCAUCCAGACCGUGAGCUUGAUCAGGUAGAUGGUAAACGUCGACAGGAUUUGAACUGGGGAGACAUACACUACCUCAAGCACGAGGCAGUGGAGCUUGCGGUGAACGGCAAAGAUCGAUCGCUGCGGAUUUUUGGCAGCCCAUGGACACCGCGUUUCGGCAACUGGGCGUUUCAAUACGAGUCGACCUCGGGAUCUUCCAGCGUCAGCGCCUCGAUGAACUGGAAUGGCGCAGUACCACCCGGCACAGAUGUUUUGAUUGUGCACGGGCCGCCGAAAGGUCACCUUGAUGACGGGGGCAAAGGGUGCGAGCAGUUGAUGGAGGAGAUCUGGCGGUCGAGGCCCAAGGUGGUUGUGUGUGGUCACAUUCACGCUGGAAGAGGUGUCAAACGACUGUGGUUUGACGGGGCACAGUCAAUGUACGAGGCGGCAGUUCAGGGUAGGGGCCAACAGUGGCUGGUUGUUUUAAGGCUUGCACUGUACUGGGGUUGGGCGCUCCUUCGCAGGUUACUCGCACCUGGCGGCAAUGAAAUGCCCAUCAUGCCAAGCAGUACACUGUUGGUGAAUGCUGCUGUUGUGGGCGGCCGAGGGUAUACGGAACAUUACCAUGCGACCAUUGUGGGCGGCCUAUAA